CACCCCGCAGCCGAGCCCGGCCCGACCCGGCACCGAGCCCCCCCCGCGCCCCCGGCCCGGCCGCAGCCAGCCCCGGAUCCGCUGCCCCGGCCCAGCCCCGCCAUGAGAGCCCCGGCGCCGCUUGCGCUGGGUUGCAUCAGCUUGGUGCUGUGUCUGCUGGAGCUGCCCGGCUGCCGGCCCCUGCCCGCGGGGCGCUCGCCCAAGCACAGGGAGCCCCCGGACCGGAGACCCUCCCCGGCCUCGCUGCAGGUGCCCCGGCAGCGCCCGUCCCCAUUCCCCCUCCAUGGGGACCACCCUGGGCUGUAUCCCCCAGCUCCACCGCAGCCCGCGGGUGGCCCCCGGCGCAGACAGCUCGUCCCCCGGCACGGCCCGCGGCUCACCCCCCGGCACGGCUCGAAGCUCGGACCCCGGCCGGCCCCCCGGCACGGCCUGAAGCUCAUCCCGCGGCGCGGACCCCAACCAGCCCCGCGGCACAGCCCGAAGCUCACCCCGCGGCACGGACACCGCCACGGUGCGCGCCUCGUCCCGCGGCACGGCCCCCGUCUCGCCCCCCGGCAGCCCGGUUCGCGGCGGGGCCGUCGGCACGCCGGGGGCCGCCUGCACCACGCGCAGCUGCUGCGGGUGGGCUGCGUGCUGGGCACCUGCCAGGUGCAGAACCUCAGCCACCGCCUGUGGCAGCUGAUGGGACAGUCGGGCCGCCAGGACUCGUCCCCCAUGAACCCCAACAGCCCCCACAGCUACGGGUGAGGGCGGCCGCCCCCCCCAGACUGCCUGGGCCCGCGUAGGAGCUCCCACUAAAGCACUUCCAGAGGC